AUGGCGGGCCUCAAGGAAGAGAUCUCCGUUACGGAGCAGUACCCUAUUGAUCCCGAGAAUGUCAACUUACCACCAGAGAAGGCCGGCACCAAGUCCGACCAGCAGGACAUGUGGCGCAUGGGCAAGGCGCAAGAGAUGAGGAGGAACUUCCGUUUCGUCUCCAUAUUCGGCUUCACCAUGCUGGUCAUGUGCUCAUGGGAGACAAUGUUGGGCACCUCUAUCAUCGGUCUUAUCAAUGGCGGUACAGCCGGCUUGAUCUGGCUUUUCCUGGUCUCGUGGGUUGGUUUCCUGGCGGUCAAUACUUCCAUGGCGGAGAUGGCCUCUAUGGCACCAACCUCUGGCGGACAAUACCAUUGGGUUUCGGAAUUCUCGCCAAGGAAGUACCAGAAGUUCAUGAGCUUUGUCACCGGCUGGCUCUGUGUGCUAGGGUGGCAGACCGGAGCUGCCAACACAGCUUUCCUCGCCGGAACUCAGAUUCAAGGCCUCGUGACGCUCAACAACCCAGACUAUGUCCCGGAGAAGUGGCACGGCACCCUUCUCACCUUCGCUGUUGCGUCCUUCUCGGUCUUCUUCAACACAUUCCUCGUCAAGAAGCUGCCACUUGUCGAAGGUAUUGUUCUCAUCAUCCACAUCUUCGGCUUCUUCGCUGUCCUGAUCACUCUCUGGGUUCUUGGACCACGCGGCGACGCUUCUCAAGUCUUCACGACUUUCAACAACUACGGUGGUUGGCCAACUGACGGCCUUUCAGCCAUGGUUGGCAUCUUGGCAGUUAUGAUUCCUCUGCUAGGGGCUGACGGCGCAGUCCAUAUGUCAGAAGAGCUCCGAGAUGCCGCCCGGACUCUGCCAAAAUCUAUGAUCUUGACCACGAUCUGCAAUGGAGCCAUGGGCUGGAUCAUCCUUAUUACCUUCUGCAUGGUGCUGGGAAACCUUGACGAUGUCAUUUCCUCACCCACCGGUCAGCCAUACAUUGCAGUCUUCUACAACGUCACCGAGAGCUAUGCGGGAGCUUCAGUCCUUUCUGCCCUGGUCAUUGUGAUGGCUAUGUUCUGCAAUCUCUCCAUCACCGCAACUGCAUCUCGCCAACUCUUCGCCUUCGCCCGUGACCAGGGUGUACCUUUCGCCCAAUUCUUUGCCGAGGUUCGGCCAGGCUGGGAUGUACCCAUGAAUUCGAUCAUUGUGUCGUUCGUGGUAUCCUGCCUGCUAUCCAUCAUCAACAUCGGGUCGACGAUCGCUCUCAACAACAUUACCAGUCUGUCACUCUGCGCCAUUUUGUCCUCAUAUAUCAUUUCGAUCGGCUUGGUCUUCUGGCGACGCAUCACCAACCGGCCACUGCUACCCGCCCCAUUCACUCUGAGUAAGCCUGUGGGUCUUUUCCUGAAUGCACUAUCAUUGGCGUUCUUGUUGAUUGCAUUUGUAUUCUCGUUCUUUCCUGGUACCAACCACCCCAAUGCUGAGCAGAUGAACUGGGCGAUUUUGAUCUAUGGAGCAGUCAUGGUCUUUGCACUGCUCCAUUAUGUGAUCAAGGCGAGACAUGUCUACGACGGACCCGUGGAGUAUGUGAGGAAGCUGUGA